AUGAGUGAAAACUCGAAGUACUGUAGUUCAUCCUGGUCUAAAGAAGAGAACAAGGCGUUUGAAAAUGCUUUCGCUGCUCAUUCAAGCGAUAUGAAUAUGUUAGUGAAGGUUGCUGCUGCAGUUCCUAGAAAAACAACUGAAGAAGUUAAAUCACAUUUUGAUGCCUUAAUUUUAGAUAUAGCUGCAAUUGAAUUAGGCGACGUGCCAGUACCGAAUUAUACUGAAUCUAGUCAUAAAGGAAAAGGUCUGGCCCAGUUUCAUAAAAAUAAAAAAGGAGCACAACCUUGGACGGACGAUGAGCAUAGGAAUUACUCAUCUUUCUAUCGAACACAUUUUACACCCCUUGCAUAUUUCUCGUGCAACGCACGGAGUAAACAUUACUACAACAUAUCUCAAAAGUUGUUUCUACAAGGUCUGGAAGAGUAUGGGAAAGGGGAUUGGAAGAGCAUUUCCAGACAAUAUGUCCAGUCUAGAACCCCAACACAGGUGGCUAGUCAUGCACAGAAAUUCCUGAAAAGGUCGAAGUCAACGAGAAAGUUAAGGCCAAGAGCCCACAACGUAACGGACUCAAAUAAUGGAGAACCGGUAGUCACUGGACAGUCAUCUGGAAUUGGACCAAACAUAACAGCUACUCAGGCCCAUGGGCCUGUUGUGGUGGGGGAAGAUAAAAAUGAAGCAGAGAAAUUCGAAGAAUAUAUGAAAAAGGACCAUGAUCUUCCCGACUUUGAGAUUUAUGAUCAAGAAUUACUCCCCGAGGUAGAGUUUGAUACUGAUGAGUUUGCGAGCGUCGAUUCGGCCCCUUAUUUGCUCCCCGGAUACCAAUCUGUUGAAGAUCCUGUCGAGCUAACCGCCGAAGAGAUUUUCGCAACUCCGGUGGUUGAUAAUUUUAUCGAUUCCUUGUUUGUCAAGCCUCCACAAGUCGACGCUCCUCCAAGUGCUCCUCCUGCAGGCUCCUUCACAGCAGCUCAAGUCCCUGGGAAUCCUGUCCCUUAA